AGCCUACAGAUUUAUAAAUUUGUAGGAAACAGUUUCCUUUUACUACUCUUUGUUAACAACGUCAGUGACAGUGACAUUGACGACGAAGGACUUACCAACGCCUACAGACUUUAGUCAUCGAGAAGAAAACCCAGGUAACAUGACCGUCACAUCUCGUCGUAAAAUUCUCGGUAUCGGAUACCCUAGACUGGCCCUUCCUGAAUGGCAAGAGCUCGCGGAUAAGUAUGAUAUCCAUUGGUUCGUUCCCGGUGAUAGACCUCAAGUGAUCGGAGAGGUAAAACGGUUGUGUGAGGAACAUGGUCCGUUCGAUGCUGCCUAUGUGACCUUUGGUACCUCCGCUUUCUCCCCAUUCCACAGGGACAUGCUCGGUCCCCUCUUCUCUCCUUCAGGACACUGCGGACUAUUCGCUCAAGGUGGAGCCGGUUACGACGAUGUCGAUUACCCUUGGUUGGCGGAGAACGGUUGUUACCUCUCCAACACCCCCAACGCUGUGACGGAAGCCACGGCAGAUAUGGGUAUCCUCCUCAUGCUCAGUGCUCUUCGUGGAAGUACUUUAUCUGAGAAAAGUAUAAGGGAUGGGAAUUGGAAAGACAAAAUUCCUCUUUCUGAAGAUCCAAUGCAUAAGACUUUGGGUAUAGUUGGAAUGGGACACAUUGGGAAAUCUAUGGCCAAGAAAUCCAAAGCUUGGGAUAUGAAAGUUAUUUAUUACAAUCGUCGAAGAAUUCCUGAGGAUGAGGAGAAAGCUCUAGGAGCAACUUGGGUUCCUUUUGAUGAACUUUUGAGAACAUCCGAUGUCAUAUCCCUCAACUGUCCCCUCACCCCCGAGACCAAAGGUCUUCUCGGUGAUAAAGAAUUCGCCAAGAUGAAUGAUGGAGUUUACAUUGUCAACACUGCUCGGGGCCCUGUUAUUCAAGAUGACGCACUUAUCCGUGCUCUUGAUUCUGGCAAAGUCUGCCGGGCAGGUCUAGAUGUCUUCACAGUAGAACCGUGUCGAGAAUCUCCUUAUUUCUCCAGGACGGAUGUCACUCUUCAACCCCAUGUGGGUGGUUUGACUACUGGGACUAUCCUACGUGGUGAACGUGAGAUCUUUGCGAAUGUGAAACAAUACAUGGAAACUGGGAGUCCUGUCAACCCGGUCAACAAGCCCGUCAAGGUCAAACCUCAGUAAUCGUUUUCUCAAGGUCAUAGAGUGGUUAGUAAAGGGAAAGAAACUUUCAUCUGGGUUCUCUCCUAUUUAAUCUAGAUGAUCAAGGGUUAGCUAUGCACAACAUUUCAUCUUCGUC